AUGGCUUUGGAGGACGAGCGAGAUACGAGGGACAUUAGGUCUACCCUUAUUGAUGAUGCUGCAGCAUUAUCAGAGGACGAACAGGAUCAGAGUGAUGAAAAUAUCAGCACUGCAAAGAGAUCCGGCAACAAGAAUGCAGAAUUCGACUCUUCGGAAGAGGAAGAGGAAGAGGACGAGGAUGAAGAUGAAAUCAGGAAAGUGGCUGACGGUUUCAUUGUUGAUGACGAGGAGGAGGACGAGGAGGGGAAUGCAGAGGAUGACGAGGAAGCUGGCGAAGAAGGUCGAGCAAAGCAUCGUAGAAAGAGACAUAGAGAGUCAAAGGCCAGAAUUGAGGAUGAAUUGGACGAAGACGAUUUGGAUUUGCUUCGGGAGAAUGCUGGCGAACUGCCUGCCAACAUUUCUAAGAAAUCGCAGUUCAAACGGUUGAAACGUGGAGCAGACGAGAGUGUCCAGGGGGAUUCUGGUGCCGGAUUGACCAGCAUGUUUUCGGAUGAGGAAGAAGACGAUGAUGAAGAUAUCAGAACAAGACCUUCACGGCAUGAGAGUGAUGAAGGCGAUCGCCAAGGUGAAGAUGAAGAUGAAGAUGAAGAUGAUUUGAAUGAUGCCAUCAAGGAGAGACAAGAAAAAAUGAACCAACACAACCUUGUUGGAGAAUUUGAUGAUUUCAUUGAAGAUGAUGAGUUUUCCGAAGAAGAUGAAGACAGGGAUGAACGGUUGGCUAGAAUGAGAUCAGCAAGGGCAAAGCAAUCGCAGUUUGCACAACAAAGCAAAAUUGACCAAGAUAAACUGGAUGAACUUUAUGAAAUUUUUGGUGAUGGUGAAGAAUAUGCAUGGGCCUUAGAAGCAGAAGAAGUUGAAGAUGAUAAUUCCGAGAGUGUCAAUGACAAUGAUGCCGAUGAGGUUGAGUAUGAUGAGGAUGGCAAUGUUAUAUAUAAGCAAAAGCCGUCUGAAGCUGAUGCUCUAAAGAACAUUUUUGAAUACGAAGAAUUAAAAGGACAUCUUUUGACCGACCAAGAUCAAAAAAUCAGAGAAACAGAUAUCCCGGAAAGAUACCAAGUUCUAAGAGAGGGAAUCGAAAAUUACGAUUUGAAUGAUUCUGACUUCAAAGAUAAACAACGUUGGGUUGCACAGACUCUGUUUAGUGAGAAAUUGGCAUAUUUUCAAGAUGAAUCCAGGAAACAUUUGAUUGAACCUUUCAAGGAGGCAGUUGCUAAAAUGGUGGAGUUUAUUUCUAGGGACAACUUUGAAGUCCCAACAAUUUGGAAUUCACGUAAGGAUUACACAUUAUAUACAUCCACCACUGAUGACAACCAAAUUAGAGUAGAAAAGCUAUUGAAUGAAAACGAUUUGUGGAGAAUUGUACGUCUUGAUAUUGACUAUCAUGCCAUUUAUGAAAAACGAAAAACUGUUGAGUCCUUUUUCAAAUCGCUUGACACUGUCGAUCUUGUUUUCGAUGAAUGUUUCAAUUCUGCCACUACUAUUACCGACUUACAAGAUUUAUUUGAUUAUCUUCAAUUCACCUACAGUGCAGAGUCUAGGAAAAAUGAAGAUAAUAAGACCGAACAAGAGUUGGGCACGGCUGGUAAAAAGAGAAAGCAGCAUUCACGUUUCAGGUUAUAUGAGAGGAUAAAGAAUGAUAAAAUCUAUAAUGUCAUCAAAGAAAUGGGCAUUGAUGCAGAAAAGAUUGGUGAAAAUAUUGUAUCCAAUUCGAAGAUUUACUUGACAGAUGACAGUGAGAAAUCACCAACUGAAUUGAUAACACAGUAUCUACCCGAGUCUUACUUUAGUACACCGGAAUCUGCAUUGAAUGCCAUAAAGCAGAUGUUCUCACAGCAGUUGGUUUAUAAUCCGAAAAUUCGUUCCCAUUUACGUACAACGUUUGAACAAUACUCAAAUAUUGAUAUCGAACUAACCGAAAAGGGUCGUGCAAAAAUCAACGAUAGUUCCCCUUAUGCAGAUUUCAAAUAUGCUAUCAAUAGAAAUCCUGGCUCGUUCUAUUUUAAACCUGACUUGUUUUUGCGUAUGUUGGAAGCUGAGUCUUUGGGUUAUGUUAUUAUAAAGAUAGGUAUGAAGACCUCUUUGUCUAGUUACGUUGAUCAUCUAUUCACUUUCAUGUCUUCUGGUGGUGAAACUGAAAAUUCAAUUGCAUGGAAUAAGCUGAGGCGUGAGUGUCUAGACUUAGCCAUCCAAAAGCUAAUUCCUAAUAUCACCAUGACUGUCAAGGAAAAAAUCAAAAACGUAUGUGAACGUUUGCUGUAUUUCCAAAUUCGUGAUAGUUUCAUUGACAAAGUUGAUCAAAGUCCUUAUAUUCCCUUUAGUAAUAGAAAAGGCAUGGUUUCAAAGGUGUUGGCUUUGACUAACGGUGAUGGUAAGAGGGACUCUGCUGUUAUAGCAAUAGCCAUGGAUUUUGAUGGUACUAUUUCUCACCAUAUUAAGUUUGAUGAAAGUAUCAGAGAACCGGAAUUUGAGAGAAAGUUAGUUAGUUUGAUUGAUAGAUUCAAACCUGAAGUCGUUGCUAUUUCUGGUUAUAACGUCAAUACCUCUCAUUUGAAAAAGAGAGUUGAAGAAAUAGUGAGGACCAAUGAUAAAAAGGCUAUCGCCGAAGAGGAAGAUGAGUAUUCAAAAAAAGAAGAGAAUGACCAAGAUGAAGAAACUGAGGUUAACCUACCUGUAAUUUACGUUCCUAAUGAAACUGCCAGACUGUUUGAAUACUCGGAUAGUGCCAAUGCAGAGUUUUCCGAUAAACCGGUUAUUGCUAAAUUCUGUAUUGGUAUUGCACGUUAUGUUCAAAAUCCUCUGUUGGAAUACAUAUCCCUUGGUGACAGUAUAACGUCUAUCCCUAUUCACAAGCAUCAAGGCCUUCUACCAGAACAUAUGCUGAAAGAGGCAAUCGACUCCAUUUUGGUUGACAUUACAUGUCUUGUUGGAAUUAAAAUAAACGAAGCUGUACGUAAUACUCACUAUUCCCAAUGCUUACAAUACAUUGCAGGUUUGGGACCAAGGAAGGCCAACAAUCUCAUCAAGAGUAUCGAAUCCAAUGGUGGUGCGUUGAUAAGAAGGGACGACUUAAUUCUAAAGGAGUUCGUUGCAAGAGUAGUUUUCAUGAAUUGUGCUCCUUUCAUUGAAAUUCCAGUUCCUAACAGGUAUGAUAAAGAAAUUGAUUUGUUGGAUGCCACACGUAUUCAUCCCGAAGACUAUGAUUUGGCUCGUAAAAUGGCAAGUGAUGCACUAGAUUUGGAAGAAGAAGAUCGUGCAGAAAUUGAAAAUGAAAGUGGUGGUAUCAUUGGUAAACUUUAUGAUGAGGGUGUCGAGAAGUUGGAUGAGUUAUUAUUGGAAGGUUAUGCUAAGCAAUUGGAAGAGCAUGGUCAUCUCAAGAGAGCUACUUUGGAAAUGAUCAAGGAAGAGCUUCAAAAUAACUAUGAAGAACUAAGAAAACCAUUCCACAUUAUGACUGAUGUUGAAGUUUUUGAGAUGUUAACUAAUGAAACCAAAGAUUCCUUUACGCGUGGUGUUAUUGUUCCUGUUAUCAUACAAAAGGUCGAUAAUAGGUACUUGCUAUGUGUCACCCAAAACGGAAUUUUGGGUAAUAUUGCACGGGCGAAUGCAGUUCCCUACGGAGAUGCGUCAAGUUUAUUGGUUAAGUUUAAUCAGGGACAAGCCGUUCAAGCAGUUGUAUCCAAUGUUAACUAUGCGGAAUUUAAGGCUGACUUCUCAUUGUUGAAGGAAGAUAUUGUUCGUGCCAAGAAUGCCAGAAAUGGUGAUAGAAUUAAAGAACUAUGGAACAUGGAAGCUGAAACAAGAGACCUAAAGAGGGAAAGGGAGGCUGAGCUUAGAGAAAAUAAGGGUAACAAGCGUAUAUUGAAGCAUCCAUAUUUUAGAAACUUUGACGCACGUCAAGCAGAAGACUAUCUUGCCUCUAGAGAUAAUGGUGAGUUUGUUAUUAGGCCUUCAAGUAAAGGCAACGACCAUUUAACAAUUACCUGGAAAGUGGACAAUCAGAUUUUCCAGCAUAUUGAUGUUGUUGAACAUGAUAAGCCGAACGAAUACUCUUUAGGUAGAACAUUACAAGUUGGUGAAUUCAAGUAUCACGAUCUAGACGAAUUGAUUGUUUCACAUGUCAAUGAGUUGCACAGUAAAGUUGAAGCUAUGAAAAACCACGAAAAGUUUAGAAAUGAACCAACAGCAGAAGCUCGUGAUUGGUUGUUGAGGUAUUCUAAAGCAAAUAACAACAGAUCAUGCUACUGUUUCUGUUUCAAUCGUAAGGCGCCAGGAUACUUCUUUCUCCUUUUCAAAUUGGCAGAUACAUCCGAAAAAACCUAUACAUGGAACGUAAAGGUCUUACCAAAUGGUUACAUGCUGAACAAAAACAUCUAUCCAGAUAUGGUUCAUCUCUGUAAUGGGUUCAAGAAGACUGUGCAAAACAAAAUGUCCAAUCCUCAUGGAUCAUCCAACCAAUCUCUACAACAAUCAUAUGCUGCAUCGUCUUCGCAGUACAACAAUGGCUACAAAAGUGGUGGUUAUGGUGGUUACGGGGGUUAUGAUGGUGGUCAGCAAGGCGGGAAUUAUGGCGGCUAUGGUGGCUACGAAAAUGGCAAUAGCCAUGGAAAUUAUGGCGGAUACAAUGCUGGCCACAAUUAUGGUAGUUACUAUUGA